GGUGUAUAAGGUGUCCUUGGAUAGCCUUUGAAGUGUAGUUUCAUAAUUGAGUGGCCUUUGUUCGAGUAGAGAGAGCAAUCAUCCAAAAAUCGAUCUGGAACGAGCAGUGGUCUGUGAACUCGAGCUGUGGGAGUGCUGAGACUGUUUGGUCGAUAUCUCGAGUUUUACAAAUCCAAUUAAGGCGUGUGAGAUACCCACAGAAAGCUCUCAAGACGAGGAAUCCGUGAAGGUCUGGUUUGCAGGAAUCGGAGUUGUGGAAGGCUUCCAAAUCGUCCGAGCAAAACACAACCUCGCAGGAGAGGAUUUGAUCUUCUAAAAGUUGAGGCUAGAGCUUGCAUCCUGUGCUCGUCGAUCGAGUGAUUCCUCGGAGAGAAGACUUGGUUCGUGCUUCCUCCAUUCUAUUUGAAACAUUAAUAAAUUUGCUCAUGGAUAUUUUACUAUAGAGCCUGCGUGCUCAUGAAUAGCCCGGUGUGGCCUUUUGUUUUAAACAAUGUUUUCCGCUGCGUUAUGAAUUACUUAUUAUGUUUGUUUAUGGAUGUUAUAUGUGUGAAUGAUAUUCAUGACGCCUUGUAUAAUAUGAAUGUGUUGGACUGCGGUUGACUAUUCGUAUUGUACGGCGGGUUGUUGACGUGUCCGGGUAGGUCCGGGGCGUGACAAUUAAGUUGGUAUCAGAGCCUUAGUCCAUAAACUUCAUAAUGAAGUCUCAAAAUUCUCUUUUUGAAAAGAUUUUGAAAACCAUGAGCAUAGAAGUUUUGUACUUGGAGAGCUUUUGGUACUUGGGUUGCAAGGUCUCUAAUUGUUAAGAUGGUACCCUUAGCAAUUGGUAUGGCGGUGACUCGAGCCAAAAUGUGUCUUAAGUACCUAUCCGUCAAUUGACAUUUGAUACGAGUCUAACGACUCCUUCCAAAUUUCUUUCAGAAAUGGACCGUGGUGGCAGGAUUACUAGGAGAAACCCGACUGGCCGUGUACCAGUGGAGACUGGACAGGGCAGUCGAAGGACCUCUAGGGCAUCUAGAGGAGCUGGCCGUGGAGGCCGAUCACAGACCGUGAGUGACGGUCAUGUCGACACGGAAAGUGAAACCUACUGGUCCUAUGAGGACUCGACCUAUCGACCGGAAACUGAACCGGUUGAGACCCCUUAUGAAGGGGAUGAUGAUGAUGUAAGUGAUGAGGAGGAAAAUGGCUCCUUAGCACGGAUUGAAGCACUACUUCAACAGUACCACCGUGAGCGUGAGGAGAGGAGGGAACGCCGAAGGCGCCGGGCUGGGCAACCUUCGGGCGGGGCUUCAAGAGGGAGAAGCCAUGGCGACUCUAGGGCCCACACUGAACCACAUGGGGGUCGGGGUGAUGGAGGUCCAAUCAUAAGGAUCUCCAAAUACAUCAAAGAGGCACGAGACUUGGGGUGCAAACCGUUCGAUGGGACGGGUGACAUCUCCGUUUCGGCACAAUGGAUUAAGCGGCUGAAUGAGGCAGCCCUGGACAUGCAACUCACCCCCGAAUAUAAACUAAGGGUUGCGGUGAGAUUGCUUGAAGGUAUGGCAUCCAAGUGGUGGGAUGGGACCAAAGGCAAAUAUGGCGAGACUGUCACUUGGGAGGAUUUCCGACAGGAAUUCUUUGCCCAAUAUUACUCGGACUUUGAGGUGAACAAGAAAGUGAGGGAAUACACCCUUCUAACCCAAGGGGGUAACAUGACGGUGAGGGAACUUGAGUACAAGUUCAGGGAUCUUGCCGAUUACAUACCUGAGUAUGCUUGCGACGAGAACCGGAUGGUGAACCACUUCUGGGAUGCUCUAGACUUGGAGAUACGUGACAGGGCAACACAAUUGCCUAACAUGACGUUUGCCCAAGUGGUUGACCAAGGGUUGAAAGGAGAGAAGCAAUGGGAAGAAAGGAAGAAGAGAGACGCCGAGGAGGCGAAAAAGAGAAAGUGGGAGAGUCAUGGCUCCCAAGGUUCCAACAAAAAGGGGAACCACGGGGGAGGAUCUUUCCGGGCACCACCGCCACCAUAUAGGGGGAACCAAGGCCCGAGUGGGCAAGGCGCGAGGUCACAAACCUCAGUGGUAGCUCGUUGCAACAAUUGCAAGAAGAACCACUCCGGUAAAUGUCGCGACCCCCCUAGAUGUUUUCAAUGCGGGGAUGCCGGGCAUUUGAAGGCACAUUGUCCACAAUUGAGUGGGGCAAGGACAUCGGGACCAAGUAGUGGCCCGACGGGUACGCGGAAUCAACCCGGGGCUUCUCAAGCAAGCCGGGGACAUGGGGGAGCAAGUGCGAGCAACGCGCCAUCCGUGAACCAAGGGAGGACCCAGGCUAGGGUCUAUGCGAUGACGGAGGCGGAUGCUCAAGCUAACCCGGACUCCGUUGCAGGUAUUGCCUCUCAUAUACUAGUGUUUUAUCCUUAAUUAGUCCAUAAAUUGAGGAUACUAAUCGCUAGGAUCACUGCACGAGGUUUUGGGGUCGAACCGGGGGAUUUCGGGCAACUUCAGGCGGCUGGGACCCAGGCACGAUCGUGCCUAAGGCAGACACGAUCGUGCCUCCAAGUCAGUAGCUGCCCAGGAAUAUUCCCAGCCCAGGCACGAUCGUGCCUAAGGCAGACACGAUCGUGCCUACAAGGCAGUAGCUGCCCAGGGUUUUUCUCCAAACCAGGCACGAUCGUGCCUAAGGCAGACACGAUCGUGCCUCCAAGUCAGUGGUUCCCAGGAUUUUUCCAACCCAGGCACGAUCGUGCCUAAGGCAGACACGAUCGUGCCUCCAAGGCAGUAGCCCCAGGGCGUUUUUCCUGAGCCAGGCACGAUCGUGCCUACCCCGGGCACGCCGUGCCUGGCACCCAGAUUGCCGAAACCCCGAUUUUUUUUUCGCAUCGUUUUGCGACGUUAAGGCCUCUUCUUGAUCCCUAACGUGCGUGUGAACAUUGCAACCUUCUAUAAAGGAGUAGGGAGGAUAGGAAAGAUGUCUUACAUGGUUCAUGAAUGUAGGGACACUAAAGAUUAACGGGAAGGAUGCACGAAUCCUUAUCGAUACCGGAGCGCAACGUUCAUUCGUGAGUGAGGCGUUUGCCGAGAGCUUAGAGAUGCAAUCAAUACCAAUGACACAAACCUUAGUGGUAUCAACCCCACUAGGGGAAGACGUUGAAAGAAACAAUUACUAUCCAUCUUGUAUAGUGGAAAUCGGUGGCCAAACCUUGACGUGUGAUUUCGUACCGCUGAGUAUGAUGGAGUUCGAUGCAAUCCUAGGGAUGGAUUGGCUAGAAAAGCAUCAUGCUAGGGUAGAUUGCUACACAAAGGUGUUGGAACUCGAAGGCACACAUGGGGACACCCUACGCUUCGAGGGGGACCGCGGCAAAUCAAAUAGUUGUAUCAUAUCCGCCGUGAGAGCGAGAAAUAUGAUGAGGAAGGGAUGCCACGCAUAUCUAGCAUACGUGGUUGACAAAACCAAAGAGGAAACGAACAUCGAUGAUGUGAGGGUGGUUUGUAAGUAUCCGGAUGUCUUCCCUAAAGACCUACCGGGGCUUCCACCUGAUAGGGAGAUUGAAUUUGUGAUCGAGGUUGAGCCUGGUACCAAACCAAUCUCCAUACCGCCAUACCGUAUGGCACCCGCUGAACUUAACGAGUUGAAAACCCAAUUGCAAGAGCUUUUGGAUAACGGUUUCAUUAGACCAAGCCACUCCCCGUGGGGAGCACCAGUUCUUUUUGUGAAAAAGAAAGACGGGACACUUCGAAUGUGCAUUGACUAUCGUCAACUGAACAAGGUCACAAUCAAGAAUAGGUAUCCGUUGCCUAGGAUUGAUGACUUGUUUGAUCAACUACGAGGAGCAACCGUGUUUUCGAAGAUUGACUUGAGAUCGGGGUACCAUCAAUUGAAGAUUAAGGAAGACGACAUACCAAAGAGUGCUUUCCGCACAAGGUAUGGGCAUUUUGAGUUCCUGGUUAUGUCGUUUGGGUUAACAAACGCCCCAGCGGCAUUCAUGGACUUGAUGAACCGAGUAUUCCAUAAAUACUUGGAUCGAUUCGUGAUUGUGUUCAUUGAUGACAUCUUGAUUUACUCAAAGAGUGAAGAAGAGCACGAAGAGCACUUGAUACUUGUUCUUGAGACACUACGGGAGAAGCAACUCUAUGCCAAAUUUUCUAAAUGUGAAUUUUGGCUAAAGGAGAUUGGCUUCCUUGGGCACGUGGUUUCAGGAUCGGGAAUUGCUGUUGAUAACAAGAAGAUAGAAGCCAUUACUGAAUGGGAGAGGCCAAAGAACGUCAAGGAAAUUCGUAGUUUCCUUGGAUUGGCAGGCUACUACAGAAAGUUCGUGGAGAAGUUCUCUGUUUUGGCAUCGCCAUUGACGAAGCUCACUCGAAAGGGAGCCAAGUUUGUAUGGGAUGACAAAUGUGAGAAGGGAUUCAUGGAACUAAAGAAGAGAUUGACUGAGGCACCGGUACUUGCAUUACCCAAACAAGGUGUGGGGUACGAUGUCUAUAGCGAUGCGAGCAUCCAAGGGCUUGGAUGUGUACUGAUGCAGAACGGGAGGGUAAUUGCCUAUGCUUCACGACAAUUGAAGAAGCAUGAGGUGAAUUAUCCUACUCAUGAUUUGGAGCUGGGGGCAGUGGUGUUUGCACUGAAGAUUUGGAGACAUUAUCUCUACGGAGAGACAUGUCAUAUAUAUACUGAUCAUAAGAGCUUGAAGUACGUGUUUACUCAGAAAGAGUUAAACAUGAGACAGAGACGGUGGAUGGAGUUGAUAAAGGACUACCAUCUAGUUAUUGAGUAUCAUCCAGGAAAGGCAAACGUUGUAGCAGAUGCCCUUAGUCGGAAGAAUUCGUCUGGGGCAUUGUUGACUUGUUUGAGAGCACUGAGGGCCCAAUUGGAUGUAUCUAACGACGGUGCUUUAUUGGCACGAUUCGAAGUGAGACCGACCUUACUUGAUGAGAUCAAGAAGGGUCAAGAGACUGACGCAGAACUGAUGAAGGUCCGGGAACGCAUGCAAGCGGGACCGGUGGAGGAUUUCAGGGAAAGAGAUGAUGGUCUCUUGUUAUUUCGUGACCGAGUGUGUGUACCGGCAGAUGAUGAGCUCCGAAAGUCCAUCUUAGAGGAAGCUCAUUCAUCGGCUUAUGCCAUGCACCCGGGGGGCACGAAGAUGUACCGCGACUUGAAGGAGAGUUACUGGUGGUCGGGUAUGAAGAGAGAAAUAGCCGAAUAUAUCAGUCGAUGCCUUACUUGUCAACAAGUUAAGGCAGAACAUCAGCAUCCAGCAGGCUUAUUGCAACCACUUUCUAUUCCUGAAUGGAAGUGGGAACACGUGACUAUGGAUUUUGUGGUAGGUUUACCACGAACAAUCAGGAACUAUGAUGCAGUUUGGGUUGUGGUAGAUAGGCUCACGAAGAGUGCACACUUCUUGCCUAUCAACACUACUUACCCACUUGAGAGGUUAGCCAAAUUGUAUACGGACGAGAUCGUGAGGCUGCAUGGGGUCCCAGUGACCAUUGUAUCUGAUAGAGACCCACGAUUCACAUCACGUUUUUGGCCAAAAUUUCAGGAGUCUAUGGGCACGAGGUUGAAGUUCAGUACUGCUUUCCAUCCACAGACGGAUGGGCAGUCUGAAAGGGUUAUACAGAUCCUAGAAGACAUGCUGAGGGCUUGUGCAUUGGAGUUCCAGGGGAGUUGGGACAACCACUUAGCACUUGUGGAGUUUGCCUAUAACAACAGUUAUCAGGCAAGCAUCGGCAUGCCUCCAUACGAGGCAUUGUAUGGGAGGAGGUGCCGUACACCGUUAUGCUGGGACGAGGUUGGCAUGGCCAAACUCGAGGGUACUGAGUUGGUGGAGGUCACCAAAUCAAAGGUGAAGUUGAUUCGAGAGAGACUCAAGGCGGCUCAGGAUAGACAAAAGAGUUAUGCAGAUAAGCGUCGAAGAACCUUAGAGUUUAAGGUUGAUGACGAGGUAUUCUUGAAAGUUUCUCCUUGGAAAGGGAUCAUUCGGUUCCAAACCCGAGGAAAACUUAACCCACGAUAUAUAGGUCCAUUCAGAAUUAUAGAGAGGAUUGGGGCUGUUGCAUAUCGUCUACAGUUGACUCCUGAGUUGGAGAAGAUACAUAAUGUGUUUCAUGUAUCCAUGCUUAAGAAGUAUGUGCAUGAUCCCUCUCACGUAUUGGAGAAGCCACCCGUAGAGGUACGUGAGGAUUUGAACUACGCUGUUCAACCUAUCAAAGUCACCGAUAGAAAGGUGAAGAAGCUGAGGAGCAAAGAAGUCCCAAUGGUUAAAGUCCUGUGGAAGAGCGAUCGGGUCGAGGAAGAGACAUGGGAAACGGAGGCUUUGAUGAGGAAGCAGUAUGCUUUCCUAUUCGAGUAGAGCUGUGAAUUUCGGGGACGAAAUUCCUGUUAAGGGGGGGUGAACUUGUGACACCGCACCCGAACGUCCUUGAAAAUUCGAUUUAAAAAUUCAAAAGUGAUGUAUUGAAUUUCCGAUUUCAAAGCAAUGGAAGAAACGAUUAAUAUUUUACGAAGUACGCGAUUGAAUAUUGUAUUGUUCAAACCCGUAUUCUUUUAUAAUUUUCAUCAUGUAAAUUAUUGGGAUGAUCCUACGCAUAUUGGAGAUCAAUAAUGUGAUUUAGGAAGUUGACUUGUUCUAAAUAAAUUAGGAUGAGUGCAAAAAGACAUCUUUUGACAAAGAUAAAACAAUAGGACCCAUUUCCCCCAUUUUUGGAAGUAUUGGUAGAUAAUUUGGACCCCAAAUUAAUUGGGAUCAAUUGGGAACCACUCCACAUGAUUAUAGUACCUGCAAAACAAGAAAAAUAAGUGAGGAGACUUACCUUGGCCGC